CUGAAGCGCCAUUAUUUAAGAUACGGUUUUGGAAGAGGCGCCUGUAAAACAGUUUUCCUCCGGACACCUGACAGCUGUCUUAUUUACGACCUCUGCUGCUGAAUUUUCUAACUGUCUUGACUUUAAAAACAAAAACGUUACCGCUGCUCUAGAAAGCUCAGUUCUACAGGUAGGACUAAGCAGAGAAUACAGAGAAAACAACGGCAGCCCAAGCGAGCUGGAUUUAGCGUAGCGUUGUGUUUCAGUGUCGUCUGCGCGAUUCUCAAAGCUUAGGGUUUGAACAUGUGUGGGAGGACAGCUUGCACUCUCGCUCCAGAUGAGAUCAGACGUGCCUGCGGCUACCGAAACCGGACCGGUCAGCGCAGACGGCCGCAAUGGAAGGACGGUGAUGCAGACAAAUACCGGCCAUCGUACAACAAGAGUCCUCAGUCCUCCAGCCCAGUCCUGCUGUCCAGCAGACACUUUAAUAAGGAAGCUCCGGUGGAUGAGUGUGUACUGGCGACGAUGCGGUGGGGUCUUGUGCCAGCGUGGUUCAGAGAGAGUGACCCCAACAAGAUGCAGUACAGCACUUCCAACUGUCGCAGCGAAAGCCUCCUGGAGAAGAAGUCUUAUAAGGACCCUCUGCUGAAAGGCCAGCGUUGUGUCAUUCUAGCUGACGGCUUCUACGAGUGGAAGAGGCAGGAGAAAGGCAAGCAGCCCUUCUUCAUUUAUUUCCCCCAGAGCCAGGGAGCACCAGGGCUCACUCAGCAAGACAAGCAGGAGACGGAAGAGAGCAAGAUGCUGAGUCAACAGACUGAGGGUCAAAGAGAGGGAGAGGACGUAGAAGAGGUCAGUGAGUGGAAAGGGUGGCGCCUGCUCACCAUGGCUGGUCUGUUUGACUGCUGGGCUCCACCUGGUGGUGGGGAGCUUCUGUACACGUACACUGUGAUCACUGUGAAUGCCUCACCAAACCUGCAAAGCAUCCAUGACAGAAUGCCUGCUAUUCUGGAUGGAGAGGAGGAGGUGAGACAAUGGUUGGAUUUUGGAGAGGUGAGGUCACUGCAGGCUCUGAAAUUGCUUCAGUCUAAAUCUUGUCUGGUCUGUCACCCUGUCUCCUCAUUCGUCAACAACGCCCGAAACAACUCGCCGGAGUGCCUGCAGCCCAUCGACCCUACAGCCAAGAAGGUUCCCCAGACAACAGCCAGCAGUAAGAUGAUGAUGAGCUGGCUGAAAACUGGCUCACCCAAUAAGAGGAAAGAACCUGAUACUGACGCCGAAGCUAAAGGAUCUGAAGGAAAAACUCCAGAGAAACAGAAGUCUAAGCCCGUUGGGCCGCUGCAGCAGUGGCUGCUGGGGAAUAGUCCCAGCAAGAAGCCGAGAACUUAAAGCUCCCGUUCGGCUUCUGGCUUUUGGUCAGUUGAACACGAAACUGGAGCUCUUAAACUGCCUCAGAAGAGACCGGCUUCAUGGGCACAUCCUCGGGAUCGCAUUUGCAGUCAGCCUCUCUGCUUCUGCAUUGUCCUGUAAAAGAAAUGGCUAAAUUUGGUCAGUGUAAAAGAGUUUCUGCCCUCUCCAAGUAGAGAUUUAGCACUUAACAUGUUGGAAAACAAAACAUAUUCACCUCUACAGUCCUUAAGACGUUGUAGCCCAAGUUGUUCAGGCAGUAACUGUUAUUACUUUUACACUAUCCUGCAUUAAAAAACGAACGGUUCAUAAUUUCAGAAUCAGUCCAGAUCCAGCUUUCCUCGUCAUGACCCAAUGUCUAAUAUACCUCUGAAAGUACACACUCAAUCUGCAGUAUCGGUUAACUUUGUUUAAAGGGGAAUUCUUUUUUUUUUUUAGGAUGUCUGCUUAACUAAAUGGUUAAAAAGGUCGUUCAGAGUGGUUCGAUGUGAAACGCACCAUUCAGUCCAAAUAGUUCACAGUGGUGAUGGGAACCAGACGUCUGAAGGGUUCAGUUCACUAAACAGUUCUCAAAUGAAAUGGUUAUGAAUAAGCCGCCAGACAGAUUGUUUUUAUAGUUUUUAGAUUAGUUUUAGCCUAAAAAGUACUUUUAAAAACACAGGAAGGAGAAGUAGAUGCAGGGCAGGCAUCACAAUUACGUCACUUUCUUUACAUCGACAGUUGUGAUGAGUUAUGCAGAUAUUUAGCAAAACUGCUGUAAUCCCCCUUUAAGUCUGGAACGUGUAGUGCAGGUAUUUUGUCAAGCCUUUACCACAAAAAUGUGAUGUUUAACAGAUUCUUUUAUAAUUCAUGAUAAACAUGCAUUCCUAAACAUAUGUUCCUGUUAGCUUUUAAUCACUAUUCAGGUUUGGCUGCUUAAAUUGUAAGCAAUUCUUAGAACGUCACUCUGCAUAAGGUAUAAUUACCCCCCCACGUCUGUUCUCUUGGGGGGAAAAAAGGCACUUGACAAAAAAUUAUUCAACAAGUUUUUUUUUUUAUUUUCAUUAUUACUUUGAAAUACAUUUAUUUUCAAAUGAUGUAUAUGCUGUGCUGUAAUAAAUGUUUAUGAUGAAUGCUCCAGUUCUCCCCAUUGUUGCCUAUUUGUGUGUGUGUGUGUUUGUGUUUUUGUCCACCUAUUUAGGUCAGUUAAUAAUAAUAAUAAUAAUACA